UCUUUUCUCUCCUCCCCUGGCUCCCUCCUCCUCCUCCUCCUCCUCCUCUUCACCUCCAGCGCCCAGCUGCUCACAGAGCGCAGUUCCGACCCACAGCCUGGCACCCUUCGGCGAGCGCUGUUUGUUUAGGGCUCGGUGAGUCCAAUCAGGAGCGCAGGCUGCAGUUUUCCGGCAGAGCAGUAAGAGGCGCCUCCUCUCUCCUUUUUAUUCACCAGCAGCACCGCGCAGACCCUUGACUCGCGCUUGCCUACCGGCGCCCUCGGCCUCUCUCCGCGCUCGGGAGCACCCUCUGCCACCGCCGUUCUCCAUGCGCAGCGCCCACCCGAGGAGCUAGAAGUCAGCUUGGAGCGGCUCCAAACCGUGGAUGGCCUUGACUGACGGCGGCUGGUGCCUGCCGAAGCGCUUCGGGGCCGCGGCUGUGGACGCCAGCGACUCCGGAGCCUUUCCAGCUCGGGAUCCCUCCACGCCGCCUUCUCCCAUCUCCUCCUCUUCUUCCUGCUGCUCUCGGGGUGGGGAACGCGGCCCCGGCGGCGCCAACAAUUGCAGGACGCCUCAGCUCGACACGGAGGCGGCGGCGGGACCCACGGCCCGCUCGCUGCUACUCAGUCCCUACGCCUCGCAUCCCUUUGGGGCUCCCCACGGACCUUCGGCGCCCGGGGUCUCUGGCCCCGGGGGCGCCCUGUCGAGCUGGGAGGACCUAUUGCUGUUCACUGACCUCGACCAGGCCGCGACCGCCAGCAAGCUGCUGUGGUCCAGCCGCGGCGCCAAGCUGAGCCCUUUCGCACCCGAGCAGCCCGACAGCAGCCUGGCGGCCAUGGGCGGCCGCGAGCACCAGUACAGCUCGCUGUCGGCGGCGCGGCCGCUGAACGGGACGUACCACCACCAUCACCACCACCACCCGAGCGCCUACUCGCCCUACGUGGGAGCACCGCUGACGCCCGCCUGGCCUGCCGGACCCUUUGAGACCCCGGUGCUGCAUAGCUUGCAGAGCCGCGCCGGAGCCCCGCUCCCGGUGCCGCGAGGCCCCAGCGCAGUCAUUGGCAACAUUCCUUCCUCCCGGCGGCUUGGAUUGUCCUGUGCCAACUGUCACACCACAACCACCACUUUGUGGCGCAGAAACGCUGAGGGUGAACCCGUGUGCAAUGCUUGUGGACUCUACAUGAAACUCCAUGGGGUGCCUCGACCGCUUGCUAUGAAAAAAGAGGGAAUUCAAACCAGGAAACGAAAACCUAAGAACAUAAAUAAGUCAAAAGCUUGCUCUGGUAAUAGCAAUAAUUCUGUUCCCAUGACUCCAACUUCCACCUCUUCUAACUCCGAUGAUUGCAGCAAAAAUACUUCCCCUACAACACAACCGACAGCUUCGGGGGCAGGCGCCUCGGUGAUGUCUGGUGCCGGGGAGAGCGCUAAUCCCGAGAACAGCAGCGAGCUCAAGUACUCAGGUCAAGAUGGGCUGUACAUAGGCGUCAGCCUGGCCUCACCGGCCGAAGUCACAUCGUCGGUGAGACAGGAUUCUUGGUGCGCCCUGGCCCUGGCCUGAGCCCACUGUGGGAGCAGGAGGACGCGCCAUGGCCGGCACCACCACAGCCGAUGUUGACAAGCAGUCCAGGCUGGGCCCGGGAUGCCCACGGGACGUUCUCCUCUGACACAUGAUUUUCGUGCCUUUAUUUGAAAGAGAUGUAUCUCCUGAGAGGCUGUUCUGCCUUAUCACCCAGGCCCCGUCCUGAAGACCAGGGAGAAGAUGGACUGCUUCUGGGGAAGGGCCGCAGCAGCCCCCUGCCAUGGCCACAGCCGCUUCCAGACUGCCUUUUUCUGGGCUGGCCAGGGGAUUCAAUGUCUACUUCCAGAACCCGGGACUAGGACCAGGGCUUUGCCUGCUGAGGAAUAUUGAGAGAUUUUUUAAACACAGGUUUUAUGUGUAUUGCCGCAAAUCAUGUGCUUCUUCUGAUCGGUAUCGGUUAUUCCAAAAUUUCUUCAUACCUUUUCCACCCCUGAGUUCACAUGUGUUCACGGAGAAGACCAUUGGCUUGGUACACACCUCUGGAGGCUGAGUCGGUUCACGAAGUCUCUUGUCAAAAGGAUCACUCAGUUUGCAAGACUGCAUCGUGACUGUAACAUACACUGUGACUGACGUUUCUCAAAGUUCAUAUCGUGUGACUGACCCAAAGUCAGUUGGAAUUUGUAAACAGGGUAGCAAACAAGAUAUUUUUCUUCCAUGUAUACAAUAAUUUUUUAAAAAAGUGCAAUUUGCGUUGCAGCAAUCAGUGUUAAAUCAUUUGCAUAAGAUUUAACAACAUUUUUUAUAAUGAAUGUAAACAUUUUAACUUAAUGGUACUUAAAUAAUUUAAAAGAAAAAAUGUAAACUUAGACAUUCUUACACUUCUUUUACAACUACAUCCCAUUUCUGUAUUUCCCAUUGUGAAAAGAAAAAUAUUUCAAGAACAAAUCUUCUCUCAGGUAAAUUGCCUUUAUCCAUUUGUUAAGAUUUUUUAUACAAGAACACCAGUAUCUCCCCUUUAUCUUACUGUGGAAUAUGUGCUGGAAAAGUGGCAACAGAACUUUACUACCUAACAGAUAACAUUUGUAAAUACUCUAGGCAUCUGUACACACUAUGAUGAAGUCUCUAUAGUGUGACUAACCCACGGGCAGGUUGGUUUACGUUAAUUUUUUUUUUAAAUGGGAUGUGCUAUGGAAACCUAUUUCACCAGAGUUUUAAAAAUAAAAAGGGUAUUGUUUUGUCUUCUGUACAGUGAAUUCCUUCCCUUAUCGUUUCAUUUUGAUACUGUAUGUGGCUAUAGAUAUUCAUAUAAAACAAGUGCAUGUGAUGUUUGCAAA